UAUUUCAAAUUAAAUGUCAGAAGUCAAAUUAUAUCACAUAAAUUAAAUACUUAAAUCGGUCGACCAGAAAAGGUAUAUUAGAUUUUUGAAACUCAAUUAAUAGCGCUAGCACAUAACUCAACUAGUCCGGCACGAUUUCUCUGUCUAUUACUCUCUUUUCAGAGUCAUGGGUGCUAAUGCUUCUUCUUCCAUUGACUCAAGACAAGAUGGAUUAAAUAAUCCGUUAUCAAAACCAAAAAAACUCGAAGAUAUACCCGAGGCAUGCGUUGCUCUAGUAUUGUCUUAUUUAGAUCCACCGGAGAUAUGCAUGUUGGCCCGUAUUAAUCGGGCCUUUCAUGCUGCUUCUUCGGCGGACUUUAUCUGGGAAUCCAAAUUGCCAUCUAAUUAUAGGUAUAUUCUUGAGGAGUUAUUGGGCAUGAAUGUAGCGGGGAUGCGCAAAAAGGAUAUUUUUGCGAAGCUUUCCCGGUUCAAUUCUUUUGAUGGCGGCACAAAGGAAAUAUGGAUUGACAGGAAAAAUGGAGGAGUUUGCUUGGCAAUUUGUUCAAAGGGAAUGACCAUUACUGGUAUUGAUGAUCGGAGAUAUUGGAAUUAUAUUUCCACUGAUGAAUCAAGGUUCCAAACUGUUGCAUAUCUUCAACAAAUGUGGUGGCUUGAAGUUGAUGGGGACCUUGAGUUCCAAUUCCCAGCAGGGACAUAUAGUCUAUUCUUUAGACUUCAGCUUGGCAGGGUCACGAAGAGGCUAGGGCGUCGUGUCUGUAACUCAGAUCACGUUCAUGGCUGGGACUUAAAACCGGUACAAUUUAAAUUAACGACAUCAAAUGGUCAACAUGUCAUAUCGCGGUGUUAUUUGGACAAUGUAGGUACAUGGGUACAUCACCAUGUGGGAGAUUUUGUAGUUAAGGAUCCCAGGGUCAUGACGAAAAUAAGAUUUUCAUUGACACAAAUAGAUUGUACACAUACUAAAGGUGGUCUUUGUGUAGAUUCUGUUUUAGUUUGUCCAAUUAGUUUAGCAAAAGUGUUGAAGUCUUUUGAUAGUUUGAUAGUCACCAAAUGAUCAUAAUGUUUUGGCCUAGAGUAGAAAAGUCAGUAUGUGGAGGUGAUGGUAGAUUGGUAAUUGAUUUUUAGUAUAUGUUGUUUUAGUGUUCUGUUUUGGUGUCUAUAGCUUCUUGUAUAUAUUGAUUUUAUGUUGUUUUUUUCUUAUUGCAAUUUUUGGAUCUUAGAGGAACUUGCAUAUGUACAGGAUUAUUGAAAAAUUUUAGAAAGUGAAUUGAAUUUUCAUAUUUUUUGGUUGUUCAAGAA